GGGGUCGUCCGGUUUCUCUUCCUCCACAUCCUGGCCCAUUCCAAAACUGCCGGGCAUUUCGUCUACAGCACGAAAAGUUCGGCCCCACUUUUUCCACUGACGAGGAUCAGAUUUCUACGUCUUACGUCAAUUCCGUGGCGUAUUUUCCCUCGAUCCGGCGCCCUUCUUUCUCCCAGGCCGUACAACUUGUUCCCGCAGAUUGAGGACAGCCCACGCGCGUCUAUCUCUGAACCAAGACUUGGUUACUAGCACACGUGAGUUUACGCUAUUCUCACUCAAUCUCUCUUUUUCGGAAUGCAAUCUUCGAUCUCCGCACCAGUCAGUCUGUGUACAUUAUAAGUGCUCGACAUGUCAUUCGCGCUCCGACCCAGUUGAUCCUCCGCGAUGCCUCGCUCCCCGUAUCCUUAUUCCUACUAUUCUCCUCCUCCUCACUACUCUCCUCCUACUCCAGUGUCCCCUCCUCGUGCCUUCGCUCAACCCUACCCCGAGCUGACACCUUACAUGCACCAGGAGAUAUCACUGUCCCCCGAAGACCAGUUGGUUAGCCAUUACAUGCCUCAAGCACCCUCCCCGCCCAUCCCCAUUGACCCUACUCUGUCGCUCUACCCUUCAUACUACCUACCCCCGUACGGAUCCCAGCCACCCCCGCAGCCCCCGCACCAUCCGCAUAUUCCGCCCCAUCACUUGUCGCUGCCGCAGAACUACUCGUCUCCAUCGUCUCAGGGUUCGGACACCAUCGGCACACCUCCGAUGUACUCCUCGUCAGCGAAUGGGAAUGGGAAACGCCCGGCGUCUUCCAUGUCGCAAUCCAACAUUAAGAAGGCGAGGAAUUAUGAUGACGACGAUGAACCUUUGAGUCCCUCGGCGGAGAAGGACGAGGGGAAACCCAAACCCACACGAGGGUCCAGGGCAUGCACUGUCUGCCGGCGUCUCAAAAUGAAGUGUGUGGGAGCUGAGAAGGGCCCGCCCUGUCAGCGCUGUGCGGCUGGAAACCACGAAUGCGUCUUUGAAGAGUCAAAUCGAGGCAAACGGUCAUCCAAAAAACACGAGCAUCUGACGAAGUCUAUACGUAAGCUGGAGCGCACACUGGAUACCGUUCUGCGCUCGAUCGGCAACCCAAGUCUCGCGUCCGGAAUGAUCUCUCGCUCGCCCUCGCCUUCUGCCGAGAUCGUCGCAGAGCUGAUGGAGAAGAUGCCUCCGCCUCCUGCUCCUCCCGCUGUGCGGACCUCCUCCAACCGGCCCAGUUCACCCAAAUUGCACUCCUUGCCCGAUAACUCGCUUAAUCCGCUCGGACUGCUAGCCGAAGCCAGUCUGGCUAACCGACGGACGCAUUCAACGAACCCAAGCGGUCUCGUGGCCCGGCCGACGCUCGUGAGCGAGCAGAAAGUGGGCGUCGCCAGCGACAACUAUUUCAAGCCUGGACCGAUGAACAUCUUGCCGCUCCGACGGCUCAUCAUUGAGCGCCAGGUGCAGCCUGAAAUGCUGACAUUUGUGACAACGGACGAGGUCGUUGCUUUGUUCAAAAUAUAUUUUGACCAUAUCAAUAUGCACUGCCAACUCCUGGAUGGGAACUUCCACACGCCGUCGUUGGUGUGCUCACGAUCACCCUUUUUGUUGACCACGAUUUGCGCCAUAUCGAGCAAAUUCUACACCGAGAAUCCCGACUUAUAUCCCAAGCUGACCGAUCUGGUCAAGAAGCUUGCGUUCAGCGUUCCCGCACGCGGAUACAAGUCUUUAGAGAUUGUGCAGGCGUAUCUUCUGCUUUCUUUGUAUGGCUGCGGUGGUGCCGUCGAGCGCUACGAGCAGGACCGCACGUGGAUUCUUUUGGGGAUGGCGAUCCGCGUCGCGACCGACUUGAAUCUGCACCGUAAAAGUUCCGUGACCAGCGACGAUUCAGAAGACGGCCGCGCUCGGGAUUACGAAGUGCAUAAUCGCGAGAGAACAUGGCUUCUGUGCUUCUGUCUGGACCGAAGUUUCAGUGCACAAAUGGGAAAGCCUUAUUCGAUCAGAGAAGACUUCAUCAUCCGCAAUGCGAUUCCGUGGGCACGGGUUCCGACUGCCAUCUGGUCAGAUGCAGGUCUCGCCGGUUAUGUGGAUCUGCAGAGAACCAUUUCACGCAGUCUGGAUGUGUUGUAUGCAAGUACGGACUCAGUGUCCGGGCUGAUCGAGAACUGCGACUACCUGCUGGUCAUCAAGACGUUCGAGACCCAGGUCCAAGCGACUCGCCAGAUUUGGGACAGCGAUGCUGCAGCUGUCUCUGAGCAGGUAUCGGGUACUCGGUGGUUCGAGUAUCGGAAACACAUCUCGCAGUUCUACUUCUACUACGCACUGCUGGUGCUCAAUUCGUUUGGGCUGCAGCAUGCGCUGGAGCGAACACCUCUAAAUAUCGGACACUUUUUCUCGCGGGUGCACUCGUCCGCGGUGUCCUGUGCGACGGUGGUGCGAGAUCAGCUGGGUCCGAAAGGGUUCCUGCGGUAUUCUCCCGAUUCGCAUUUCGUGCAAAUCUCGUAUGCCGUCCUCAGUCUGCUCAAGCUCAUCCGACCUGAGUUCCAAGCGUUCUUGGAACACGAGCAGCAGACGAUCGCGCUGGUCAAGGACGUCGCGGAUGUGCUUGAGAGCAUCUCGGUCAACGGACAGCACACUCCCUCGCUGUAUAGCACGUUCAUCAAGGCGCUGAUUGCUGCGCGGCUGGAGCCUAGUUCAGCCUCGAAGCCAUCUUCGUCUCGCAGUUCACAGGGUGCUACCCCCCAGCCACAGGAAGGGCCCACGCUCAGCAGCAACACGCCGGCGCCGUUCUUGGAUCGGGGGCCGGGGACGUUCACGCUGAACGAUUUCCAGGUGGACGGAGAGAUGGGGCCUGUCGCAGACAUGUCGACGUUCCCUCCGACGAUGGCACCCACGCCAAGCGAGGACUCCAUGGGCGUGCUUACGAUGGAUAACAUCCUAAGCAACGGUUUCUGGGACAGCAUGCUCGUGCCUGGUUACAACACCAUGGACGGCCUAAGCGGAGGUUUCAUCUUCGGGGCUGGGGGGAGCGGGCUGAUCACGCCGCACAUGGGUCCUUCGCCGUCGCAGAGUGGCGCGAACAGCCCUGCGCAUCAUCCCCAGCAGACGAUCCUGACGCAGAUGAACAUCAAUGCUGCCUUCCGCAGCGAAAACAAGGACUGAUGCACGCAUGCAUCAUCCUCGGUCCAAUGCUUUUUGGUUACAUUGGUGUGUACAUAUCAUACUGUACGUAUAUAGCUUUACAUUUGGGGUAUCCUACUAUGUACUCUGUAGUCUUAGUGCUUUGCUGUGAACGAGAAUUGAAGACUCUGCUCUCAUUUUAGACUUAUUACAAGACCAGGACUGUUCUGAAUGAUUCAAUGACAAUGUUGUUGGCCGAACUCAUACAUCCAUCCAUUCAUUCUUUCCACAUCCAUCCAUCGACUGCUGAUCUGCACCUUCGGCACCCCGUCGAGUGCGCAUCAGCUCCACUCCUCCACGAACUUCGCACUGACUGACAGACAGAGACAGAGGCUGGACUUUGGAGGCUCUCUCCGCCGGGACGAGACCCGCUCCGGGGACACGGAUAUGUCAGAUUCAGAUCCAGACAGAUCGUCGCGAGAUGCAAUGGACCUAGAUCCGGGCACCACCACCACCACCAGCCGACUCGCGCGGGACAGCAGGAGCGGCUCUCCCUCGAGGGGUCCAUUUCCUCCGGGCUGGCAUGUUCCUCUAGCCGGUACAGUGUGUGCAGUGUGCACACUUCGUCUGCGCCAGACUCUGUUUUUGUCGUGCUCAAAUGGUGCUAAAUUUGGCCGGAAACAGGCGUGUGUAUACUUAGUCGUCGGCGCCUGCAGUGACGUAGCGGGCCGCGGGGCGGAGUCAUAAUUAGGACGCGGGAUCGCAGCU